CGGCUAUUGAGUUUGAACAAUGCCAACAAAACGCAAAGGGGCCAAUUUAAGCCGUGAUACAAAUAAAUCUAGAAGCAUUCGAAAUAGAAGAGCCCAAAGAACCGAAGAACAAGUUCAGGAAGAAAAUAUUGGAGCGAGUGUGAGAAUGGCGCAAUUGCUUCAAGAACAAUCAGACGAUACACGAGCUGAACGCAAUGGAGUCAUGAGAUUAGAACAACGACAAUCACACCGUUUUAAUGUCAAUAGACGCAGAGCGAAUGACCAACAACGCCAACAGGCACAUCGAGCAUUUAUAGCUACAUCAUUUUUGCGUCUAGCAUUCCAGUAUGAGCCCGAUAUUGAAUAUUAUGCUCAUUCAAAAGUAGUAAUUGGUGCUAUGGACAAAGAAUGCCCGUAUUGUCAUGCUUUGAAAUUCAAAAAUGAACCAGCCGGGAUGUGUUGCGCGUCAGGGAAGGUACAACUACCUGUUACUGAAACAUCACCGGAACCAUUGAACGGUUUGCUUAUCGGCACAGAUCCAGAUUCUAACGUGUUCCUGAAGUCCAUUCGAACAUUCAACUCAUGCUUUCAAAUGACAUCGUUCGGAGCAACAGAAAUAGUUCAAAAUACUAAUGCAAAUGGUCAACAAUACAAUUCUACAUUUAAAAUCAGAGGCCAAGUUUAUCAUAAAAUAGGCUCAUUGCUGCCAAUGCCAAACGAACCACAUAAACUUUUACAAAUCUAUUUUAUGGGCGGCGAGGACUCCGAAAGCGCACUAGCCAAUCGGGUGGAUGCACGUUGUGGCUACAAUAACCUUGAUUCAUUCUUUGCUAGACACAUCGUCAGCGAGCUGGAUGCUCUAUUGAAUGAGCAUAAUGAAUUGUUGAAAAUAUUCAAAUCCCACAUGCACAAAUUAGAAAGCGAUAAUCACGCUAUUGUUAUUAAUCCUGAUAAAACACCAGCUGGAGAACACAUUCGUAGAUUCAAUGCACCUGUUGCUGACGACGUUGCUGGAAUUAUGGUUGGCGAUCGUACAGGUGCACGAGAAAUUGUGAUUCGUAGGAGAAAUAAUAAUCUUCAGUUCAUUGCUGAUACACAACGUUCAUAUGACGCUCUCCAAUAUCCGCUAAUCUUCUGGAAGGAACAAGACGGAUAUAGCAUAAAUAUUAAACAACGAGAUCCCGUAUCAGGAGCCGAAAAAAACAAGAACGUUAGCUCGAAGGAUUAUUAUGCGUAAAGAUUGAUGAUUAGAAGCGCGCUGGAUAACGUCAUUCUAUGAUUUCGAGAGCUUUGUCAACAAUUCAUGGUCGACAUGUACGCGAAGAUAGAAGGCGAACGACUACGAUACUUACGAUAUAAUCAACUCAAGCUACGUGUGGAAGAGUACAUUCACUUGCGAGACGCUAUUGUCAACAACGCCGGCGCCACCGAAAUUGGUAACUCUGUCAUUAUACCAUCAUCGUACGUAGGCAGUCCACGUCAUAUGCAAGAGAAUAUACAGGAUGCUCUGACUUUCGUGCGUGAAUAUGGGCGACCGUGUUUAUUUAUCACGUUCACAUGUAAUCCAAAAUGGCCAGAGAUUACAUCUUCGCUGUUGCCUGGCCAAAAUGCAAUACAUCGUCAUGACAUUACAGCACGUGUGUUUAGACAAAAGCUGAAGUCAUUAAUAAAUUUUAUUACUAAAUCACAUGUAUUUGGUCCCACACGUUGCUGGCUGUAUUCGGUUAAGUGGCAAAAGCGAUGAUUACCUCAUGCCCACAUUUUAGUUUGGUUAAUCGACAAAAUCCGUCCUGAAGAAAUAGAUAAUAUAAUUUCUGCAGAAAUUCCCGAUCCGUCUACUGAUCAAUUGCUGUUUGAUAUUGUUACAGCAAACAUGAUUCAUGGCCCAUGCGGUACUUUUAAUCGUUCAUCGCCUUGCAUGUCAGAUGAAAAAUGUACAAAAAAUUUCCCUAAAGAUUUUACUAACGAUACAAUCACAAAUGUCGACGGAUAUCCAAUAUAUCGUCGAAGGAAUCCACAUAAUGGCGGACAAUCAUUUAUUAAAAACAUCAGCAACACAGACAUU